UUCACACUCUGUUUAAAUAGAGAUUUUUCCCUUUAUCUGAUGCUACGUUCGACCCAAAAAAGGUGAAACCUCGAUUCCAAGUUCGGACCCUAAAAGGUCAAAAUUUUCAGACCAAAAAAGGUGAAAUUUGAGUUGAGAUCGAAAAAGAUGGAACUUUUGAGUCUGAAUAAGUGUGUUGAGAGAUACCAUGAAGAUGAUCUUAUAAGUCUGUUCCCUGAUGACAUUCUCCUUGUUAUCCUAUCUUUCCUCCCAUUGAAAGAAGUUGGCCGCACAAGUGUUCUUUCAUCUCGCUGGAGAAACUUGUGGAGUUACACCUCUUAUCUCAACUUUGAUGACUAUAGCUCCAUGGAGAAGAUUAUCCAGGACCCAAAUUUUCGCUCUGUAGAGAGGGAAAAGUAUGUAAGGUGGGUGGAUUCGGUUCUCCAAUCACACAGAGGAUUCAGCUUGAAAGAAUUAAGAAUAUGUUUUAGUUUAAUCCAGUCACCGUCAGUUACGAAGUGGCUUGAAUUUGCUUUUGAGAGGAACAUCGAAAAGUUGGAAUUGGACCUUUCAGAUGGUGAAGAUGCUCAUGGCCCAGAUAAAACUUACGUGUUUCCUCAAGAGUUGUUACGGGAAAAUAGCAGAAUUUUCAACUAUAAAACCAUAAAAGUGUUGAGCUUAAACUGCGUUAAUGUCUCUGGUGAAGCUAUCGAGUUUCUCUUACGUUACUGCCCAUUACUCGAGCAGUUGGAGAGUUACAUGGAAAAAAAUAUAUAA